UCUCGAGAAAGUGUGUAUUUACAAAGCUGUUGAGCCAUGUCGUCUAGAUCGGAACUGAAUCUUCGCAGUCUCAUAGCGCAUUGUGAGGAGAUGGCCAAGACGGACAGUGGAGACUGGCGCCUAAAGAAAUACAUAAAAUCCAUCGACAUUCUGAUAGAGGAACUGGAAGAGGAGGAUUUGAUGAGACCAGACAAUAGAGUUAUAGAGGAAUACCGAAGUCGCUGUGGCGAGUUGAAGAAGCUAGUCAAUUACCAGGAGCCCCAGAAAAUUAUCCGCAAAGAAAAGGAUCCAUCACAAGAUGUUCAUGCAGUUUUCAAAGAGAUCAAGCAAGUCCACAAUGCCAAUUACUUCAAAGAACUGCGAAAGGAUUUACUGGGCGGCGAAUCGGGUGUGCGACAGAGGGUCCCUGGGAGCGGAGGCACCGGAGAUGACAUGGGAAAGGCAAUGAAGCACUUUGCGGACAUUCAGGAGAAGAUAGCGGAGAACAUGAUCUCACUGACCAGCAACUUGAAGGAGCAAACACAGACCGCCAAUAGGAUAAUCAAGAAUGACGUUGAGACUGUGAAGAAGUCCACAAGUCUCACGGAGAGCAAUUUCGGCUCCCUUAAGACCAAAUCGGAAAAGCUGAAGGAGCAUUCGAAGCGCGCUUGCAAGUGCUGGGUGUGGAUGAUGAUUGGCUUCGUGAUGAUGAUUUUCAUAUUUAUGGUCUUUUUUAUAAAAGUUAUGAAGAAAUAAACAAGGUUGAGGUUACGUGGAAAGUGCUAGAAAGCGCCUUCCAACACUGAACGAAGAAUUUUUUCGUCGUGACGUCACGUGCGAUG